CAGUGUAGUCGAGAGUUGCAGAGUCAUGUUGGUGCAGAAGUCCCUCCCCUCCACCACCAACACCACCACCACCAUCGCCGCCAGCACCGCCGCGGCCUUUGGAUGUCUGCCGGCGGCGACGCGCAGAGACAGCGACGACGCUCGCAGCUUCGCGCAUUUCUUCUUUUAACGUGGAGGACGACACAUCUGCUGCUUUCCCGACAGGACAGAAGGCUUCAGCCAGCGACCGGGGCGGAGGGUGGGGGGGAAUACCUCCUGCGGUUGUGGCAACUCGUUUAAACUCCCUCAAGUGAUUUGUGUGAUGUAGUGAGCCGUGUGGUCUCGUGUGUUACGGAGUUUAACAGCUGGCGUUGAGAAGCCGCUUCAGGGAAAACAGGUUGGUCAGCGACAGCUUCUGGUGUCUGGAUAAGCAUCACAACAGACCCGAGUCCCUGUCAGGAUACAUCUGAUGUAAUCUGUGCAGUUAAACGUAUUUGCCAACCACGUCUCCUUCUCCUGUGGAACCGAACUGCAGAGGACUCUCUGGAAUGUCAGAAUGGAUUACUUUCAAAACCCCGAAACCUGUAAAAUCUGGGCCAGCAGCAAUUUAAUUAUCAUGGUUUGACUCGUGCUUUGGGAACUGUCUGAUCCUGACACAAAUGCUGUCAGUCAUGUUGGAACCAGGAUCUGUGGAUGAGGGAGUAUUAUGUGGUUCACCAUUAGCCUACCAGUCUGUUUACCCAUCGUGUUUGUGCAGAGAAACAUAUGACCUCAACUCAUUUUAUGCAGCAACUUGCUUUUCCUGUGGACUGUUUGCUCUGCCUGCUGGCUGUUGCUGGAACCACCAAUGGAUAGUGCCGUUGCACUGUCCACAUCCCUAAUUUCCUGGGAAAUGUCUUCUUGCUGAAAAGGUUUUUGUGUGAAAUUUGCAGAAAAAUGGAGAAACUAAAGACAUCUGCUCACUGGGGACUUUACAUUGAUGAAUUAAAGACCAGAAGAAUUUCCUCUGUUGAAAGUUUGACCCCAAUGGGAUAAGAACUCAAAGUUCUAAACUGUAGAAGACUUUGAGACUGAAAAGGUAAUAACGGAAAUAAUAUCUGAAGUGCUCCUCUUCCUCUCUCCCAUAAUGCAUUGUCCAAUGAGGAAGAAACGUCCCACACGUGAUUCAGAUUUCUCAGCUAUCAUAGUUCCCUCGAUGCACGGGUCUGGGUAUCUUGACUACACGGUUGAGACCCACGCUUCCAGAUCCAUGAAGGUCAUGGACGAGUUCAGACGGCAGGAGAUGUUGUGUGACCUCGUGUUACAUGUCACGUACAAGGAAAAAACGGUGGACUUCAAGGUGCACCGGGUGGUACUGGCCUCCUGUAGCCCUUACUUCAGGGCCAUGUUCACCAGCAACUUCAAAGAGUGCCAUGCCUCAGAGAUCACCUUGCGCGAUGUUUGCCCCCAGGUGGUGGGAAGGCUCAUUGACUUUGCCUACACCUCCCACAUCACAGUGGGAGAGAAAUGUGUGCUGCAUGUUCUUUUGGCUGCUAUGAGGUAUCAGAUGGACGACGUGGCUAAGGCAUGCUGCGACUUCCUUACUAAGCAUCUGGAUCCAACAAAUGUCAUCGGCAUUGCCCGCUUUGCUGAGGAGAUAGGCUGCACAGAGCUGCACCAGAAAAGCAGAGAGUAUAUCAAUACACACUUCAAUGAGGUGACUAAAGAAGACGAGUUCUUCAGCCUCUCUCACUGCCAGCUGCUGGAGCUCAUCAGUCAGGACAGUCUCAAGGUGCUCUGUGAGUCUGAGGUGUAUAAGGCCUGCACAGACUGGGUCGGCUGGGAUAUGGAGGGCAGAGCCCAGUAUCUCCAUGCCCUCCUGAAUGCAGUUCACAUCUACGCUCUGCCUCCUAAGUUCCUGAAGAACCAGCUUCUGUCCUGCCCCAUCCUCAGUAAGGCCAAUUCCUGUAAGGACUUCCUUUCUAAAAUCUUCCAGGAUAUGACUUUGAGGAAGCUGCCUCCCGCACCUAACCGUGGAACUCAGCUCAUCUAUGUGGCUGGCGGAAGGCAUCUCAAAGCAAGAUGUUGUCUUAUAUAUCGGCAGCAUUCACUGGCCUCCAUGGAGGCUUAUGAUCCCAGGAGGAAUGUUUGGCUCAAACUGGCUGACAUGGGCACUCCAUGUAGUGGUCUGGGAGCCUGCGCGCUCUUUGGACUGCUCUACACUGUUGGAGGCAGGAACUUGUCCCUUCAAAACAACACAGAGUCCAGCGCCCUCUGCUGCUAUAACCCGAUGACCAACCAGUGGAGUCAGCGAGCCUCCCUCAACAUCCCCAGGAACAGGGUUGGGGUGGGCGUGGUGGACGGCUGCAUCUACGCUGUUGGAGGUUCCCAGGGCUCGACACAUCACAACACAGUGGAGAGGUGGGAUCCAGAGUCUAACCGCUGGUCCUUUGUUUGCCCGAUGUCAGUGGCUCGUCUGGGGGCCGGUGUGGCGGCGUGUGGGGGGGUUCUGUAUGUGGUGGGGGGAUAUGAUGGACAGAACCGCUGGAACACUGCAGAAAAAUACCAGCCUGACACUAACACCUGGCACCAGCUGGCUCCCAUGAGCACUGUACGCAGUGGGCUGGGGUUGGUGUGUGUGAACUCUUACCUGUAUGCUAUAGGAGGGUAUGAUGGGAGAAGCCAGCUGUCCUCUGUGGAGCGUUACAAUAUAGCCAGGAAUGUUUGGGAGCCCAGGGCCUCCAUGCAGUACUGUCGCAGUGCACACGGAGUGACGGUCCACCAGAGACGUAUCUUUGCCAUCGGAGGUUUUAACCAGCACGGCUUCCUGUCCAGCAUCGAGUGUUACUGUCCAGAAAGAAAUGAAUGGACGUGCGUCACCGAGAUGCCCGUUGGACGCAGCGGCAUGGGCGUCGCUGUUACCAUGGAGCCCUGUCCUGGAAGCCUGCCAGAACAAGAGGAAGACGAGGACGGAGCCACAUAGGAUGAGGAUGAAAUCUAUUGAAGUCUGAAGUGCUGAAUCCGCUUCCAAGUGGUGCUGCUUUUCAAGAGAGGGUGAAGUGCAUUAAAUAAAAACAUUCCAAUAUGAAAACUCCUUGUGUAUCCCCGCCCUCAUGGAUCUCACUUGUAUUGCACUGUGGGGUACUGCUGUUAUAGUCUGAAUGGAAAUGAGGAGGAGGAACUAUAUGUCUGCAUCUGCUGGGGAACAAAUGGCAAAUGAGAAAAACAGGUAGCAUGACAGUGACCCCGCAAUAAUAAGGUGCUACAGUUGUGAUCUCAAAUAAUGGAACUAUUUAAUUGAAUAUUGUUAUUCUUUCACUAUUUUUAGUGUUCGAGUUCAUUUGUAAAUUUGCGAAGUGAAUUUUCAGUUGCCCUGAGUGUCCAAAUUUCUAAUUUCUCUUCUCUGUUUUACAUCUCUACCUCCAUCUGCGUCCCUGUCCAAACAAAUGACCACUUCUCUUAUGUUUUCCUCAUUUUGUGCCAAAAACUGCCAUUUUAAAACACUUGAUUGAUUUUUAUUGGUUCUGUUUUGUUUCUGAAAAUGAAGUUAAUCAAAUUUGUGAAUGAUAAAUAUCUUGUUAUUCUCAUUUUCUCAUAAGCACUGAUGUUAAUAUGUUAGUAAAGUCAAGAGUGUUUUACUGA